AUGGGUGUGACGGUUCAUAAGAUAUCGCCUUUACUCAAGUUUUGUCGGGCAACUUCAUUUGUUCCAAGGGUCAGUACGCCAUUUAUAUUGCGCAACCGAGUCGUCAAUGGCAAGACAGAUUUUUUAACAAGAAGCUUUCAUGCUGCUGGUGUAUCUAAAUCGGGUCGUUGGACCAGUAAAAGUGAAGAGGAGCUGUUGGUAUCCCAAAGAAAACAAAGACCGAUAUCCCCACAUCUAACUAUUUACGAGCCUGAGAUGAGUUGGUAUCUCUCUUCAUUGCAUCGUAUAUCGGGCGUCCUUCUUGCUCUCGCGUUCUACGCUUUCACCAUUACUUUAGGUGUGAAGACAAUGCUUGGGAUGGAAACAACGGUUCAGGAUCUGAACAAGUGGUACCAUGAAAAGCUACCCAAAUGGUCUCAAUGGCUAAUCAAGGGCUCCGCAGGAUACCUAUUUGCAUUUCAUUUUGGCAAUGGAAUAAGACAUCUCAUCUGGGACAUGGGUUACGAAAUGACCAAUCCUGGGGUUAUCAAAACCGGAUCAAUCGUUUUAGCCGGUACGUUGGUUUUGGGCACGUACCUGCUUACUCAAUAA